UUUCUCUCCUCCACUUCCAGAACCGCCCCUGCGAUGAGCUACCAGUGCAAACUGGUACUCACGCUGUCGCUGCUGGCGACCGGCGUGAGCUUAGCGAGCACCUCGUUGGACAAAGCGAUCGGCUCCGGUGCGCUCCCGAAAGCACACGAUCCACUGUUCAACAAAAUGCUUGCGGAGAAGUCGGACAUUCCGAUGGCACAGAAUCCCAUCUUCAACAAGAUGCUUCAGGAGAGCCACUCGAAGGAAAACCUGAUCGACGACGACGAUGACGAUGCGCUACUGCCGCCGCACAAAGCGCUUGAUCUGAACCCAAAGUAUGCCAAGCAUGCGCCGCCGAAGAAGAUUACCGUUGAUCAGCAGCAUCCCAAGGUGGAGUCUACGACAAUGGGAAUCAUUCCUAUCGAGAAUUCCAUCGCUAAGGACAGUUUCGAUGACGAGGACGACAGCUACGAAGAUGAAAGUGAUCUGUUGACAGGGGAUGACGUUGAUAGAACGGACGCUGAAAUACUGCCACAGAUUGAAGAUCUGUCUGAUGUAAAGUUCUCUCAACCUUCGAUAACAGAAACUCCUCGCGCAGAAUCAAAAACGGUUGCUGAGUCGAAGAAGCAGUCACCUAGUAGUACUACUGCUAGGGCUCCAAGUGCUUCCAGCACAGCUGCGCCUGAUGACGAGUACUACAAUGACGACGAUGAGGACAGUAUUGAGCUGGAGAGCGAAAAAAUCGAUCCCCUAGCAAUCGACAAACUCCUCGCGCAGAACCCUCCCAAAUCGACAACCGAAUCUCCCAAGUCGUCGACCGCCGCCAAACCCAAGCCCAAGAGUUCCACCACAACCAAGGGCACUACAGCUGUCGAUAACGAGAUCUUAGAUGAAAUCACCGACGACGACGAAGACUAUCAAUACGAUGACGAGGACACCGAGAACGAAAAACUCGACCUCGAUGCCGUCGACAAGUUGUUGUCCCAGAGGAAGCAAAAGCAGAAGGAGGGUGGUGCUGCUGCUGCUGUCACUGCUGGAUCAAGCGCUGGCAAGAAAACAGACGGCAAACACGGCAACCAAAACUACCCCGAGUAUUACGAUGAAGACGACGAUGACGAUGACGACGAUUACAACUUCGAGGAGCAGGCUCAUCUGUGCCCACGGGACUGUAUCUGCGAGCGGAACAUGCAGGCCUACCUGGUGGCCACCUGCAGCCGUUUGGAUUUGGACACUCAAAAGUUUUCUCCAUUGAUUACCGAUCUGCAGGUGUUGGAUGUCGGUCCAAAAUACCCGAUUGUGCUGAGCGCCGAAUUUUUCAAGCAGAUUGGACUGUCCCACGUGGUUUCUAUCAAGAUCAGCAACUGUACCAUCGAAUACAUCAACCAGUUCGCCUUCGCCGGUCUAGAUGAUCUGUACUCCGUGAAUUUGACCAACUCGGGAAUCGACAUGCUCCAUCCAGAUACUUUCGCGAAGAACACCAAACUGCGUCUGCUCACGUUGUCCGGCAAUGACCUCAGUGCUAUGCAGAGUGUCAACUAUAACACCCCGUACACCGAUUAUAUGCUCAAGGCCCCAUCCAUCGAGGAACUGGAUAUUUCCAAAUGCAACUUGCAGGCACUCCAAUCGACCGCCUUCAAUGAACUCAAGAACAUCAUUUACAUCAAUCUGUCCGACAACAAGCUAAAGACCCUCCCUGAAACCAUCUUCGAAAAGGUGGAAACAAUCGAAGAACUUGAUCUUUCGAUGAACAACAUCACCGAGCUGCCGAAGAACAUCUUCAACAAGACAUCGCUAGCGAUUCUGCACCUCAAAUACAACAUGAUCAGCAGCAACUUGGACUUCGUUACCGCCGAUCUGCAGAAGCUCGAUCUGAGCUACUGUCAGAUUCGUACCAUCAACGGCCAGAUGUUCAAGGGUAUGGAGGGUCUUACCACCCUUAUCCUUAAGGGCAACCGCAUCAAGAAGAUCAACCAGAUUGCCUUCACCUCGCUGAAGAGCCUCCGUCAGAUCGAUCUCUCCCAGAACUACCUGGAGCAGAUAUCCGCUCUGACCUUCCUCGGCAACAAGGAUCUGGACAUCAUCAAGUUGAACGAGAACCCGCGGCUGAAGCAACUGCCGGCGGAAGGCUUCCAGAGUUCGUAUGGCACCUUCAAUACGUACUUCCUCGACGUUUCGAACUGUGACAUUUCCGAUCUGGCCGACAACACCUUCAAAACUAUGCCACAGAUCACCCGGCUGAAUUUGGCGUGGAACAAUCUGCAAACCAUGAGGCCGAAGGUGCUGAGCCAUUUGGAUAAACUGAUGGAUUUGGACCUGAGCAAUAAUCUCAUCACCGAACUUAGCGAGGAAACUUUCGCCAAAAACAGAAACCUGAACAAACUCAAUCUCUCCGGAAACCAGCUCGCUCGUCUCUCUCCGAGCACCUUCGUCCCGCUCCAAUAUCUCAACCAGCUGGAUAUUAGCGACUGCGAUCUGCGCAAUCUUUGGGAUUCAUCCUCGCCUAACGCCAAGGACCACCAGGUCCUGCCCAACUUGAAGCUGCUCAACGCAUCCCUCAACGAACUUUCGAACCUGUACGUGUCGGAUCUCGACUCGAUGACAAGUCUGCGUGUGCUGGACAUCCGGAACAACACGCUGAAAUGCAACCCCCACUUCAAGGCCCUCAUCAAGUGGCUUGGAUCGAAAAAGGUUUCGCUGGCGGAUUCCAGCAAGGAACAGCGAACUCACGCCGAGCUGAAUGCUUACAUCACCGAUAACUCGGCCCCGCUGGUGGAGUGGAGCCAAUUCGCCCAGGAAAUAUGCCAACCCGCUAAGAACGCGAAGAACUCGCCGGUUGUGGUCAAGGACACCGAGCUGGACGAUGACGAGGACGAGGAUGAUGACGACGAUAUCGAAGAGGACGAAUCUGAGGAUGAGGAUGACUACUCGGAGGAGCAAAGCGCCAAGAACGAAAAUGUAGUUGACAGCAAGGACGAACUGGAUCAAUACUACGACGAAGAGGACCGCAAUAAGGAUGAAGAUGAGAACAGCAAUGUGAUUGAUGCUGUCAAUGAUAUUCAGAAAAUUGAGGAAGCCAUCCUAGGUGGAAAUGCGCGGUCGGAUGAUCCACUGCAGGAAGAGGUCGUCAUUUUGGACGGCAGCACUUUGCUCCAAAUCAGUGGCCUCUGGCUUCGAAUCCUCUGCAUUGCGAUGGCCAUUGUAGUGAUCAUCAUGGCCGUCAGCAGGAUUCUGGCGAUAAUGAUGAGGAAACGCGGUGAACGGUACCGUCAAGCCUUGCUGGCAUCCAAGAACUCCAUCGUCUACCAGAAACUGACGGAAGACAUUGUGGCACCCCAAACUCCCAAAGUCCAUCGAUAUGCCCCGAUCCAGCAGGUUUAAGGGGGGCGGGGCGCACAUUUCGGGGCCUUCCAUCCGACUUAACAGCAAAUAAAACUUAAGCUUCCAAGCGGUCGUUCCCUGGCGGGAGGACCUUCCCCUGAGAAAGCUACUAAAAUAGAUUUCCAAUCCUUCCAAUCUACUCCAGUCAGCUAUUUACGUUUUUUGUAACAAAUUAUACUAGUAGUAAGGUACAGAGUACUUAUAGCAAGAGAUAGAGCAAGGGAAAUCAGCUGUAGUUGUAUUUAUUAAGUUUCCUCCUUUAUUCACCCAUACUUGAUAACACUUACAAAUACAGUAAGCUAGUGCAGAGAUGAUGGUAAAAAGCAAAAGAGCAACAGCCGCAAAUGGUCACAAAAACUAAUCGAUCACAACCCCUAAAACAAAAGAACAGCGAAAGCCAAGAGAGUGUAUUUUUUGUUAGACAUUCCGUUGUACAUCAACGUUUCCCGAGAUAUGUUUAUUUUUUUCAACUUAUACUUAGUUCUACGUAAUAAUUGGAGAAGUGACGUAUUUUUACUCGUAUUACUAAUAUCACACAACAAAAACAAAACGAACCAUCGGCCGAAACGGAAGCAAUGUUUAAACGUACAGAAUAGUUCCAAAAUGUGCCAUUGAACAAUCGGUAAAAUAACACCACAAUCCAGAGGAGAUAGUCGGUUUCAAUCUGUUGUUAAUAAUGGCAAAUUAAAAAAAAAAGAAGAUGACGAGAAAUUGUGAAAAAAGUAACUUGGAUAGAAAAAAAAACAGAACGUAUGCUUCAGUAUAUACAUAUAUUUUUCUUUAAAUUAUUCCGGAAAUGUUUACAACAUAAAACAACCUGUCGUUUGUUUUGAUAAAGUACAGUAGGUUUAUCAAACCCGAAA